UUGGGGAGCUACAUCGGCCUCUAAUGUUUGGUACACCCGCUGUGGGAUGGAGUUUGGUUGACAAAAAGACAGCAAAACUGCGUACACUGAACUUUUUCCCCAUCUGACUGAGAGAGAAGCACCUCCACCGACGAGCAUGGCAGAUAAUAUCAUAAUCAGGGUACAGUCCCCAGAUGGGAUGAGGAAAAUUGCUUCAACCAAGCGGGAGACUGCUGCUGCCUUUUUAAAGAAGGUGGCCAAAGAGUUUGGAUUCAAUUCAAACCGCUUUUGCGUUUACGUGAACCGGAACAAAACCGGAGAGAUCCUUUCCCAGAACAAAAGCCUCAGCCUGCUGAAGAUCAAGCAUGGCGACAUGCUCUAUUUGUUCCCGUCGGGAUCACCUACCUCCUCUGGGGAGGUCAUGGACACGACCUCCCCACACUCAUUGUCAUCGCUGCCGUCGACCUCCUCUUCCACAUCAUCAACGUCGUCCUUCUCGAUGCCUCGUCCUCUCACAGCGCCGCAGGUCCAAGAGGACGAGAUCGAUCAGUAUCUGACCAAGCAAGACGGCAAGAUCUACAGGAACAGAGACGCUCAGCUGUGUCGCCAUGGUGCCCUGGGGAAAUGUGUGCACUGUGUACCUUUAGAGCCUUUUGAUGAAGACUACCUGAAUCAUCUGGACCCGCCUGUCAAGCACAUGUCAUUCCACGCGUAUCUGCGCAAGCUGACUGGGGGAGCAGACAAAGGCAAAUUUGCCGCUCUCGAGAACAUCAGCUGUAAGAUCAAAUCGGGUUGUGAGGGCCACCCUCCCUGGCCGGAGGGGAUCUGCACCAAGUGCCAGCCCAGCGCCAUCACACUGAACAGACAGAAAUACAGACACGUGGACAACAUCAUGUUUGAAAACCACACCAUUGCAGACCGCUUCCUGGACUUCUGGAGGAAGACAGGCAGCCAGAGGAUGGGCUAUCUGUACGGCAGGUACACUGAGCACAAAGACAUCCCCCUUGGAAUCAGAGCAGAGGUGGCCGCCAUCUAUGAGCCUCCACAGAAUGCUACUCAGAACAAUCUGGAACUGCUGGAUGAUCCCAAAGCGGCAUCUGUGGACGAGAUAGCUGCCAAACUUGGCCUUCGUAAGGUUGGCUGGAUCUUCACAGACCUACUCUCCGAGGACACCAGGAUAGGGACCGUCCGCUACACCAGAAACCAGGACUCUCACUACCUGAGCGCAGAGGAGUGCAUCACAGCGGGUUACUUCCAAAAUAAACAUUCAAACCCCUGCAAACUCUCCCGGGACGGACAUUUUGGCUCCAAGUUUGUGACAGUGGUAGCAACAGGCGGUCCAGACAACCAAGUGCACUUUGAGGGCUACCAGGUGUCCAAUCAGUGCAUGGCCCUGGUGAGGGAUGAGUGUCUCCUGCCCUGCAAAGACGCUCCUGAGCUCGGCUACGCUAAAGAAUCCAGUCCUGAGCAGUACGUACCAGACGUUUUCUUCAAGGACAAAGACAAAUUUGGAAAUGAUGUCACGUUCCUAGCGCGGCCUCUUCCGGUGGAGUACCUCAUUAUAGAUAUUACAACAACUUUCCCAAAAGACCCCCAGUACACCUUCAGCUCCACACAGCGCUUCCCCAUCGAGAAUCGAGAAAUCCUCGGAGAGACGCAAGACUUCCACAGUUUAGCAACGUAUUUAUCCCAGUGCACCUCCACGUCAUUCCUGGACAUGGUGUCAGACUUCCAUCUGCUCCUCUUCCUGGUCACCAACGACGUCAUGCCUCUGAGAGACAGCAUUGGACUGCUGCUGGACGCUGUAAAGACUUCCAACGAGGAUCUGGCUCAGACGUGGAAGAAGUCGGAGCAGUGGGCCACCAUUGAGCAACUGUGUAGUACAGUCGGGGGGCAACCGUCUGGAUCCCUGGGUUUCGACACCAUGGGAGAUCCCUCUGCUCCCCCCUCCUCCUCUGCCAUGUGGUCCUGCCCCCACUGCACCUUCAUGAACCAGCCUGGCACAGAGCACUGUGAUAUGUGCCGCCUGCCCCGCAGUUAAAGCCCCUCCCCCAAAUUCAACCCCCCCAAACCCCAACCUACCAUGA